UGGGGAUUUGCCCUUCUUACCAGAGCACUGCCAGGUGCAGAUCACCCCCGAAAUUUGGCCAGUGACAAAAUGCAAGUUUCCUGGGAGAUUUGUUUCUUCUGAAUUGCUGUUUGAUGUACUGCAGUUUGGGGCACCAUUGAACAUUAUAUGUAUGCAGAACAUCAGAUGGAGGUGGUCUUUGCCUUUGAAGAGCUUCCAGUUGAAAUGACAGCAAGCACACGCUUUUGCUGAUAGAUGCUUGCACACACAACUAACACUUCCCGUAAGAUGGGUCAUUGAAGAGUAGAUGCUAACAAGCCCACAGAAGUCUACAUUUUGAGAAACUCAUGUCUGAAUCUGGCCGGCCUUGCUGAUCCGUGUGGGACAGUUCCCCUACCCCGGCCCACAGUCAGUCUCUUGGAGAAGGAGAACCAGAUUCUCUCGCCGCAGCACUCAGCAUUGGCUUCUUCUUCAUACCUGCUGCCUCAUGGUUGCAAGAUGGCUGCUGCAUCUCCAGGAUUCACAUCCACAUUCUGGUAGCCUUGAACAGAGGCUGGAAUACUGAGUUAUUUUGGCCCUGUGCUGGUGCAUAUGGUAUAAUUGUGAACAAAAGACAGAAUUUUUGCCUCAGAGGAAGUUGUGAUCAGGCAAGGAACAGAAAGAAAAUGGAGAACUUCCAUACCCUACUAAAUAUAAGGAUCAUCCCCUGUGAGAAUUUCUGUCAGCCAAGAAAGCAGAGAGACCAAUAAGAACAGUUCCAACUUACGUCAGAACAACCUUUGGCAUGGAGAACUUGCUUCCUGGCUGCUGAACAUUGGGGUGAAAUUCUCCAUUAUUUCUUUCUUGUUGUGAACCUACCAGAUGGGCUUCACCCCACCCACCCUCUGCCACCAUCAACAGACCUUGUCUGCUGCUGGAGUGAAGAGAAAUCAGACUUGCAGGAGUCCUUCUGUGGUGGCUACUCAUCUGCUGUCUCCACUGACACUGAAACUGGCUGGUGUUCCCUCGUGUCCCACGGGUGAGAACAAUACCCAAUUGCAAGAAAACACAACGAGCUGAAUUGUGUCACUCUGAAACAUCACCCAACAUACUGAGUGGAUACCAUGCAUCAGGCACUGCACUAGGCAGGGUGGGGCAAGAGAAGAUGAAUGGGACCCUCCUCCUGCUCUCAAGAUCUAUUAGGGAAGAUGCAAAAUUGAUUGACAUACUACAUGAGAAGAGAGUGUCAAAGAAGACCUCAAAUUCUGGAGAAAAAUGACCUUUCAAGGACUACAAAGUAUAUACUUCCUGCUGCAUGUUUCUGCCUUACUAACCUGUGAUAACUGAAACACGUGGUCCUGGGGCUGCCGAAGGUCAAUUGCUUAUCAAAUUUCCCAUCAUGCAUCAGCUGUUCAGACUGGUUUUAGGACAAAAAGAUCUUUCCCGAGCCGGGGACCUCUUCUCUUUAGAUGACUCUGAGAUUGAAGACAGCCUGACAGAAGCUCUGGAACAAAUUAAAAUAAUUAGCUCAUCUUCCGAUUACCAAACCAAUAACAAUGACCAGGCAGUGGUUGAAAUCUGUAUCACGCGAAUCACAACAGCCAUCAGAGAGACAGAGUCCAUUGAAAAGCAUGCCAAGGCCCUUGUGGGGCUCUGGGACUCCUGCUUGGAACACAACCUGAGACCCUCUGGGAAAGACGAAGACACUCCGCAUGCAAAAAUUGCUUCUGAUAUCAUGAGUUGCAUUUUACAGAAUUACAACCGGCCCCCUGUGAUGGCGUUAGCCAUCCCCAUAGCAGUGAAAUUCCUCCACAGAGGCAACAAGGAACUGUGCAGGAAUAUGUCCAACUACCUGUCCCUGGCUGCAAUCACCAAGGCAGAUCUUCUGGCUGAUCACACAGACGUUAUAGUAAAGAGCAUACUCCAAGGUAAUGCCAUGUUGUUGAGGGUGUUACCUGCUGUGUAUGAAAAGCAGCCUCAGCCAAUUAACAGACACCUGACAGAACUCCUGGCCUUGAUGUCUCAGCUGGAACAACCAGAACAGUACCAUCUUCUACGGCUUUUACAUGUAGCUGCAAAGAGAAAGCAACCAGAGGUGGUUCAGAAGUGUAUUCCUUUCCUAAUCAGACAUUUGAAAGACUCAACCCAUAAUGAUGUCAUCCUAAACAUCCUCAUAGAGAUAGCAGGCUAUGAACCUGUGGCUUUGAACAGUUUUCUUCCAAUGCUGAAAGAGAUUGGUGAGAGAUUCCCCUACCUCAUCGGACAAAUGGCCAGAAUCUAUGGAGCUGUGGGGCAUGUGGAUGAAGAGAGAGCCAGGAGCUGCCUGCCAUUCCUGGUGAGUCAGCUGGCCAACAUGGAACAUUCGUUUCAUCAUAUUCUCCUGCUGGAGAUUAAGAGCAUCACUGAUGCUUUCUCCUCCAUCCUGGGCCCUCAGAGCAGAGAUAUCUUCCGCAUGAGCAACAGCUUCACUGCCAUUGCCAAGCUUCUUACCCAACAACUGGAAACUACCAAGGCCAGAAGCAGCAGGAGAAAACCCAGCAAUGAAAUUGAAUUCCCUGAGAAGCUGGAAGAAAUCAAGUUCACUGUAGCUGAAGAUGAAGACCAUGAAAAGCUCCAAGUUAAAAUACAGGCUUUUGAAGACAAAAUAAAUGCUGAGAGCAAUACUCCUAGCUCUAUAAGAAGAUAUAGUUUGGGCCAAUUUUCUAAGGAAGAAAGAAAAGACAUUAGAUUUAACAGGUCAAAGAGUUUGGCUUUGCACACUGUGCUAACAAAGAGCAUGAGUUCAGAGGAUGGGGAAAUUGUAGAGAGUGGAGAUAUGCCAGCUAGGAUCAUUCUUUCAGAAACAGAUCCACUUAGCCAAGGAAACGACAAGUUGCCCUUUAAGGCAAACUCUGACAGAUCACAGCCGAGAAAUUCUUCAGUUUCACACCCAAGUAUUAUACAUACAGAAUCAGAGAAUUUGCCAGAAACAGUUAAAGAAAACUGCCAGGAGGAAACUCCAGAAACAACUGCAAGUCCUGUAGAAUACCAAGAUAAGCUCUACUUGCACUUAAAGGAAAAUUUCAGUAAAGUAAAGGCAUACGCUGUGGAAAUCGGAAAGAAGAUUCCAAUCCCUGAUCAGUGUACCAUUGAAGAUUCUGUUAGAAGUUGUGUAGCAAAGUUGUUCUUUACCUGCUCCCUGAAGGGUCAUUACUGCCUCUACAGUAAAUCCAGUUUUAUUCUCAUCAGCCAAGAGCCUCAGCCAUGGAUCCAGAUCAUGUUCCUCUUUCAGCAGAGCCUGUUUCCUGAGCCACUGUCUAUACAGAGUCAUUCUGUACAAUUCCUCAGAGAUCUGUGGGAGAAGACCCAGGCAGAUGGUGCUCACAGCUUUGAAACAGCCAUGAUGGAGUCCACAUUUCCACAGCAGAAGGAUCUGGACCAGGUACAGCUCCAUCUGGAAGAAGUGAGAUUCUUUGAUGUAUUUGGCUUCAGCGAAGCAGCAGGAGCAUGGCAAUGCUUCAUGUGCAACAACCCCGAGAAAGCGACCGUUGUAAACCAAGAUGGCCAGCCUCUCAUAGAAGGAAAACUUAAAGAGAAGCAAGUCAGAUGGAAGUUCAUCAAAAGGUGGAAAACUCGUUAUUUUACGCUGGCCGGAAAUCAACUUCUGUUUCAAAAAGGAAAGUCUAAAGAUGAUCCUGAUGACUCCCCAAUAGAACUCAGCAAAGUACAGAGUGUGAAAGUUGUGGCCAGGAAACGCAGGGACCGCUCCCUCCCUCGGGCUUUUGAAAUCUUCACAGACAAUAAAACCUAUGUUUUCAAGGCCAAGGAUGAGAAGAAUGCAGAAGAGUGGCUCCAGUGCAUCAAUGUGGCUGUUGCCCAAGCAAAAGAAAGGGAAAGUAGAGAAGUAACCACAUAUCUGUAGGGAUUUGCAAGCCGACCUCACACUGAUUGUAUACAAUGGGCAUUGCAUUAUCACUGCCAAUGUCAAGAAAAAAGAGAUAAAUUACCCAAGUCACAUUGUGUUUUUACUGAAUGGAACAGUUUUCCCUAAGAAGCAGAACCCAAAAGUGGCAGGAUUUUUAUACAUUUCGUAUUCUAAUGGCACCUGCAUUAACUCCAGAACAUCUGUAUGAUGCAUUCAGGAAAAGGAGCUACAGAUGAUACAGGGAAGAAAGGGGAGAGUCAGGGAUCUAGGAACCCCUGUAGAUAUGCCAUUGUAAGUUGUAAGAAUACAACUUCACAAGGUACCUGAAAUACUUAUCCCAAGGAAAGAUUAAGCACCUCUGAUGAAAACUAUAGUCUGUCAAAGUAUUAGAAGAAAAGUAAAGCCCUAUGAGGAAAAAUCAAACAUAUAACUUAAUAUAGACAUACAAUUAUGUUUAUUCUUUCCUAAUGCAAAUGAGGCUAACACAUGGUAAAAUUGUUCUCAAGUGAAGACAGUUAUGUAAUUAAAUGUCUGUCUUUCCGAACAACUUAUCUGAUUAUUCUGUUUAGGUUCACAUAACAUGAUCUAAAGUUUAGGUACUUAGAUAUAUCUAUUGCCCAAGGCAGUAAGUGUAAGCUACAACAAGCACAGAAAACCAUUUUCACCAUCUUCAAAGUAUGUGCCAUUUCCAUCAAGUUUUGAGAUGUUACAGUUCUAUACUUUUCUUCCUUAUAUUCAGUCGUUUAAUAUCUCCAAAUUACAUUUUAUGGUUUUUCCAUCACUCAUAUUAAAAAAAAAAUUAAGCUGUGGUGGGCAGAAUUAUAGGAUGAUUCCCAAUGGUCUAUACCCUGACCCUUCCCCUUGACUUAUAACUUGCUUGUAACUAAUAGAAGAUGGCAAAAAGAAUAGGAUAGUCUCUCCCAUGACUAUGGUACAUUACGUGGCAAAGGUGAAGAAGUUUCUUAAUCAACUGACUUUGAGUCAGUCAAAAGGAUAUGCACAAAAGCGUGCAUGAUCUAAUCACAUGAACCCUUUAAAAAAGAGUGAACAAGUCAGAGACUCUCUCUUCCACUGGCUUUGAAUAAGCCAACUGCAAUGAAUUCUACAACUUUAAGGGAAUGGAUUUUGCCAACAACCAAUGAGCUUGGAAGAAGAUCCCAGCCCCAGCCAACACCUUGACUGCAGCUUUGCAAAACCCUGAGCAGAGGACCUGGGUAAGCCAUGCUUGGACAUAUGACCCAGGAGAACUUUGAGAUAAUAAAUAUAUGCUGUUUUAAGUGACCAAGUGUGUGGAAAUUUGU